AUGGAUUUCGUCGCUUCUCCCCUGGGAACCUCGGGCGAGGGUUCCUGGAGCGGUUCGGGUUCGGGUUCAACUGCUCUCACUACGCCUGCUUCGAGUCCUUUGUUCGGACCAUCUAAAGGAGAUGAUCUUGCUUUGUCGCCGUCGCCGAGUUCUCCUGGUUCUGGUUAUAUCUCCUUCCAGGGCCCUGCGGCAUGGGGUGCUGUGAAGGAUGUUUGCGUCGUGGGUGCGGGUUAUGUAGGAGGACCAACUGCCGCAGUUUUGGCGCUGAACAACCCAACAAUAACCGUCAACGUCCUGGACCGGGACCCCCGACGCAUCCAAAAAUGGACAUCACCACACCUCCCCGUGCACGAACAGGGCCUGGUCAACGUAGUCCGCGCGACUAGAGACAGCACAACAAUCAAAACCAACAAUCCCAUCGCAAACACUACAAACACCCUGAAACGCCGCCCCAACCUGUUCUUCACUUGCGACUCGGCGCGCACAUCACAAGCCGACAUGAUCUUCCUAGCAGUCAACACGCCAACCAAAACCUUCGGAGAAGGCGCCGGAAGAGCAACUAACAUGACAGCCAUCGAUGAGGCCGUGCGCGAAAUAGCAGCGCACGCGAAACCGGGAACUAUCAUUGUGGAGAAAAGCACUGUGCCGUGUGGGACUGCGCAGCGGGUCCGGCAGUUGCUGGCCAGCCUCCGCCCAGGAAUCCCAUUCGAAGUCCUCUCCAACCCUGAGUUCCUAGCCGAAGGCUCAGCCAUCGAUAAUCUAACAACCCCAGACCGCGUCUUAAUAGGAUCCUCGGGCACGCCAUCUGGCCACCACGCAGCCCGCGUCUUGGCCAGUAUAUACAGCGCCUGGGUACCCUCUACCCGCAUCCUCGAAAUCAACGCCUGGUCCUCCGAACUCGCCAAACUCGUCGCCAACGCCAUGCUCGCUCAGCGAAUCAGCAGCAUCAACUCCAUCAGCGCGAUCUGCGAACGCACAGGCGCAGAAGUCGACCAGGUCUCCCGAGCCAUCGGGCUAGACCCGCGAAUCGGGCCUCAAUUCCUAAAAGCUGGCCUUGGGUUUGGUGGAAGCUGUUUCCGGAAGGACAUUGCCAGUUUGACGUAUCUGGCUGAGUCGCUGGGGUUAGAUAAUGUCGCGGAUUACUGGAGACAGGUGAAUGUGAUGAACGAGGCGCAGCGGAAUCGGUUUGCUGGGAAGGUUGCUCAGCGGUUUUGGGGAAAUCUGGUUGGGCAGAAGUUGGCGCUACUUGGGUUUGCGUUUAAGAAGGGGACGGGGGAUCCGCGGGAGUCGUUGGCUGUUGAUGUGAUUAGGCUAUUGCUUGAAGAACGACCGUUGGAGAUUGCCGUUUUCGAUCCGUAUUGUCGAGAGGAGGAUAUUAUUCGGGAGGUUGAGACUGUCUGUGGUGAUACCAGUGCGGUCAAGGUCUAUGGUGAUCCAUACCUUGCCUGUUCACUGGCGAAUGCGGUGCUUGUCAUUACCGACUGCGAUCAAUUCCGGAACUCAUCUCGGCGGUCAUCCACUAAAUCCUAUACCUCCGAAACAGACAGCAGCCUUGAAAACGAUCCAACUGUACAGGAUGUAUGGGUCUCCAAUGGCACGACCUACCACUUGACACCUCAAGAUACCUGUCCCGUUGACUGCGCUGAUUGUCGCUCGAAGUCGAGCCGUCCUACGGUGCUGGAACCGCUGGAGUGGGCGCGCAUCGCGUAUAAUAUGAAACAUCCGAAAUGGUUGUUUGAUGGACGGGGGAUGUUGGAUGUAAAGGAGAUGGAGAGGUUGGGGGUGAGGGUUGAUGCUAUUGGUCGGCGUUCUGAUUUCCCAUAG